UCUUGUCUGCUCUCUAGCUCUCCUGUGUCUCCUGCCGAGCCCCCUGAUCUCACCGAGUUAUCUCAAGUUCCCACAGAGUACUGGGAUCUCAAGGAGGUAUUCAGCAAGAGCAGGGCCGCCGUUCUUCCUCCGCACCGGGCCUACGACUGUGCCAUCGACUUGCUCCCUGGGACUACCCCUCCUCGUGGCAGACUGUUUUCACUCUCUCAGCCAGAACGCAAGGCCAUGGAGGAAUACCUCAAAGAUGCCCUGGUCUCUGGGUUUAUUCGACCCUCCACUUCACCUGCUGGAGCCGGCUUCUUCUUUGUCGGCAAGAAGGAUGGGGGGCUCCGACCAUGUAUUGAUUACAGGGGCCUGAAUAAGAUCACUGUGCGCAACCGAUAUCCCCUUCCGCUGAUGUCCACAGCUUUCGACCUGCUCCAAGGCGCCACCGUCUUCACCAAGUUGGACCUACGGAACGCAUACCACCUCAUCCGUAUCCGACAGGGAGACGAGUGGAAGACUGCCUUUAACACCCCGUCUGGGCACUACGAAUACCAGGUGAUGCCCUUCGGACUCACCAACGCACCAGCUGUUUUUCAGGCCCUAAUCAACGACGUCCUAAGGGACAUGAUUAACCUAUACGUUUUUGUCUACCUCGACGACAUCCUUAUCUUUUCCAAGACCGUGCAGGAGCACCGCCACCAUGUCCGCCAGGUUCUCCAGAGGCUGCUACAGAACAAUCUGUUCGCCAAGGCCCAGAAAUGCGAAUUUCAUGUUCCCGAGGUCUCCUUUCUGGGAUUUAUUGUACGGACAGGCCAACUCCAAAUGGACCCUGCCAAGACCCUGGCCGUCCAGGAUUGGCCUACUCCCAAGUCCGUUAAGGAGGUUCAGCGGUUCUUAGGAUUCGCUAACUUCUACCGCAAGUUCAUCAGGAACUUCAGUUCUGUGGCAGCACCCAUGUCAGACCUCACCAAAGGGACAGGUGGAUCUUAUGGCUGGUCUCCUCAGGCAGAAAAGGCGUUCAAAGACCUCAAGGACCGCUUCUGCACGGCACCCAUUCUGGUUCUCCCGGACACCUCCCAACCAUUCAUCGUGGAGGUGGACGCCUCGGACAGUGGUGUCGGCGCGGUGCUCUCUCAACGUUCGGAAGGAAAGCUGCACCCCUGCGCUUACUUCUCCCACCGCCUGAGUCCUGCUGAGUCCCGGUACGAUGUGGGGGAUCGAGAACUGCUAGCGGUCAAACUGGCCCUUGAGGAGUGGAGGCACUGGCUGGAGGGAGCACAACAUCCAUUCCUGGUUUGGACUGACCACAAGAACCUGGAGUACCUCCAGCAAGCCAAGAGUGUUCUCACUCAGGACAAAAGUCGUUGGUCUGUGAAAUAUCCUGAUAAUCCGAUCUGUGCUGUGAAAGGAUUCAGUGUCUCCAUUCCCUGCAGUUAUUAUUAUCCAACAUCAAGUCCCAAUAUUCAGUUGAGGAAAAAGCUUUGGUGCUCGAUGAACUCAAACACAGGCACGUGUGUAAACCCUCCAUAUGUUUAUGACAGCUCAUCAAACACCAGCUCAGACUUUGAGUACGCUGGAGACGACAAAUCAAACUGCACUUUAUUAAUCCACAAUCUACAGUUCAGUUAUUCUGGAGAGUACAGAUUCAAAUUUAUAACUGCUAAUCCUGAUGUCAGAUGGAUAGGUGUUCCUGGAGCGACUCUACAAGUUGCAGAUUUAAAGGUGUCACUAAUCAGGCUCAGUGGAAACGGGACCCUUAAACAAGGAGACUCGUUAAAUCUGACGUGUGAUGUGAACUGCACACACAGUUCCUCACAGUUCAUGUGGUCUAAGAACAACAAGCUCUUACCUGAAUCAGGACCCAUUCUUCACUUUCCUGCUCUAACCGUGAGGGAUUCUGGGAAUUACACCUGCACUUGGAAAACCAACGUGACAUCAGGAUCUGAAACAAUCAGCCUUCACGUCGAGGGUGGGUGGCUGAUAAAUUAUGGGACACCGAUCUGUGCUGUGAGAGGAUUCAGUGUCUCCAUUCCCUGUAGUUAUUAUUAUCCAACAUCAAAUCCCAAUAUUCAGUUGAGGAAAAAGUUUUGGUGCUCAGUGAACUCAAACAGAGACAGGUGUUUAAACCCUCCGUAUGUUUAUGACAGCUCAUCAAACACCAACUCAGACUUUGAGUACGCUGGAGACGACAAAUCAAACUGCACUUUAUUAAUCCGCAAUCUACAGUUCAGUUAUUCUGGAGAGUACAGAUUCAGAUUUAUAACUGCUAAUCCUGAUGGCAAAUGGACAGGUGUUCCUGGAGUGACUCUACAAGUUGCAGAUUUAAAGGUGUCACUAAUCAGGCUCAGUGGAAACGGGACCCUUAAACAAGGAGACUCGUUAAAUCUGACGUGUGAUGUGAACUGCACACACAGUUCCUCACAGCUCAUGUGGUCGAAGAACAACGAGCUCUUACCUGAAUCAGGACCCGUUCUUCACUUUCCUGCUCUAACCGUGAGGGAUUCUGGGAAGUACACCUGCACUUGGAAAACCAACGUGACAUCAGGAUCUGAAACGACCAGCCUUCACGUCGAGGGUGAAAAUCCUGAUCAAUGGUUAAUCUGGAUCAUUGUCUCGGUAUCAGUUGGAGUGAUUUUCAUCGUCUCAGUCAUCGUAGGAGCUGUGAUUUAUAUCAGGAGGUUUCUGAGCGAUUGCAGGAGUGUCCACACUGAGCAGCAGAAGAAGGAGGACAGUGCUGAUAUCUACGUUAACGUCCAAGAGAACGAGGAUGGUGCUAAUAUCUACGCGAAUGUCCAGAAGGAGGAGGACGGUGAUGGUAUCUAUGCUAAUGUGUAGCAGCAAAGAGCUGAUCACAGUUUCACACUUCACACUCAGCUUAAAGUCUUCGACUUGUGAAUUUCCUCUGUGAGCUGAAAAAGAACGUUACACAGCACAUACACUUCCUGUGUGUUAGGUUUAUAUAAGUAUUAUUCUUGACCAAGAAGGCAGUAAUUUAUUAAAAUGGUGACAAAAUUAAGGAUUAACUUAAGGUUCAGUUAAACUUAAGGUUCAGUUAAAAAUGACCUUCUGUCUCGGCUGGACAUUGUUUGGGAACAUUUUGUUUAUUUUUUGAUAUGAAUGUGUAUUUUGAUCAGAGAGGUGUCUGAAAGAUUCACCAAGGUCUGUUUUGGUGUCAGAUCGACCCACACACACUCUGAAAUGGUAGAAUUAAGGUUCAUGUUUGUUAAUUCAUGUUUAGUUGAAACUUAGGUUUAUAGCUUCUUAAAAGCUUGAAAUAUACUAUGGUAGUGAUUUGGAUCCCGUAAUUAAUGAAUGCAUUCCGUGAUUAAUGUUAGUUUUAUAGUUUUAGAUUAGUUUCAUAAUGACAUUAUAAUUAUAGUUAAGAUCUUAUGAUUCUAAGGGUUUUUAGUUUAAAAGCAUUAACCUAAUUUAGUUAUGAGUUUAAUCCUGUUAGUUGUUUAAUUGUUCUCUCUCUUUCAGACAUAUUCUCAUUGUUCUUAUG